CCGCGUCGCCGCCGCCGCCCCCAGCGUCGCCCCUCGCCUGCCCGCCCGCCUUAAAUGUGACACCGGCGCCUCGGAGUGCGACCCGAAGCCGCCGCCGGGGAGGGGACGAGCACCAUGUCGAAUCUGAGCAAAGGCACGGGCAGCCGGAAGGACACCAAGAUGCGGAUCCGGGCCUUUCCGAUGACCAUGGAUGAAAAAUAUGUAAACAGCAUUUGGGACCUUCUGAAAAAUGCAAUUCAAGAAAUCCAGCGUAAGAAUAACAGUGGUCUUAGUUUUGAGGAGCUCUAUAGAAAUGCGUAUACAAUGGUUUUGCAUAAACAUGGAGAAAAGCUCUACACUGGACUAAGAGAAGUUGUUACCGAACAUCUCAUAAAUAAGGUGCGAGAAGAUGUACUAAAUUCAUUGAAUAACAACUUUCUUCAAACGCUAAAUCAAGCUUGGAAUGAUCAUCAGACAGCUAUGGUGAUGAUUAGAGACAUACUAAUGUAUAUGGACCGUGUAUAUGUACAACAAAAUAAUGUGGAGAAUGUCUACAAUUUGGGAUUAAUUAUUUUCCGAGAUCAAGUUGUACGCUAUGGGUGUAUUAGGGAUCAUCUCCGGCAAACGCUGUUGGAUAUGAUUGCCAGGGAGCGGAAAGGAGAGGUCGUAGACCGAGGCGCAAUAAGAAAUGCUUGCCAGAUGUUAAUGAUUUUAGGUCUCGAAGGACGAUCAGUCUAUGAAGAAGAUUUUGAGGCUCCUUUUUUGGAAAUGUCUGCAGAGUUUUUUCAGAUGGAAAGCCAGAAAUUUCUAGCAGAAAACAGUGCUUCAGUAUAUAUAAAGAAAGUAGAAGCUAGAAUUAAUGAAGAAAUAGAACGAGUGAUGCACUGCCUUGACAAAUCAACUGAAGAGCCAAUUGUAAAGGUGGUUGAGAGGGAACUCAUUUCCAAGCACAUGAAAACUAUAGUAGAAAUGGAGAAUUCGGGGCUAGUACAUAUGUUGAAAAAUGGCAAGACAGAAGACCUUGCUUGCAUGUACAAGUUAUUUAGUCGUGUGCCAAAUGGUUUGAAAACAAUGUGUGAGUGUAUGAGUUCCUAUUUGAGGGAACAAGGUAAAGCCCUUGUUUCUGAGGAAGGAGAAGGAAAGAAUCCGGUAGACUAUAUCCAGGGCUUGUUGGAUCUGAAGAGUAGGUUUGAUCGCUUCCUCCAGGAAUCGUUCAAUAAUGACAGGCUCUUUAAACAGACUAUUGCGGGUGACUUUGAGUAUUUUCUCAACCUCAACUCCAGGUCCCCUGAAUACCUCUCAUUAUUUAUUGAUGAUAAGCUGAAAAAGGGAGUCAAAGGGCUAACAGAACAAGAAGUAGAAACAAUAUUGGAUAAGGCAAUGGUCCUUUUUAGGUUUAUGCAAGAAAAAGAUGUAUUUGAACGUUAUUAUAAGCAACACUUGGCCAGGAGACUUCUUACAAAUAAAAGUGUUUCUGAUGACUCUGAAAAAAAUAUGAUUUCUAAGUUAAAGACUGAAUGUGGAUGUCAGUUCACAUCAAAACUGGAAGGAAUGUUUAGGGAUAUGAGCAUCUCAAACACAACUAUGGAUGAGUUCAGGCAACAUCUACAGGCCACUGGGGUAUCUUUAGGUGGUGUUGAUCUCACAGUCCGGGUGCUCACAACAGGGUACUGGCCCACUCAGUCAGCCACACCAAAGUGCAACAUCCCACCAGCACCAAGACACGCUUUUGAGAUAUUCAGAAGGUUUUACUUGGCCAAACACAGUGGCCGACAGCUCACACUCCAGCAUCACAUGGGCUCUGCAGACCUCAAUGCCACCUUCUAUGGACCAGUUAAAAAGGAAGAUGGAUCUGAAGUUGGCGUUGGAGGCGCACAAGUAACUGGCUCUAAUACACGGAAGCAUAUAUUGCAAGUCUCCACUUUCCAGAUGACCAUAUUAAUGCUCUUCAAUAAUAGAGAAAAAUACACGUUUGAGGAAAUUCAACAGGAGACCGAUAUCCCUGAAAGAGAACUUGUUAGAGCCCUGCAAUCCCUCGCCUGUGGUAAACCAACACAGCGGGUCCUCACCAAGGAGCCCAAGUCAAAGGAGAUAGAAAAUGGUCACAUAUUUACAGUUAAUGAUCAGUUCACGUCCAAACUACACAGAGUCAAGAUUCAAACAGUUGCUGCCAAGCAAGGUGAAUCUGACCCGGAAAGGAAAGAAACAAGGCAGAAAGUGGACGACGACAGAAAACACGAGAUAGAAGCUGCUAUAGUGCGGAUAAUGAAAUCUAGGAAGAAAAUGCAGCACAAUGUGUUAGUAGCAGAGGUAACUCAGCAGUUGAAGGCGCGAUUCUUACCAAGUCCAGUUGUUAUUAAAAAACGUAUCGAAGGACUUAUUGAGAGAGAAUAUUUGGCACGAACACCUGAGGAUCGCAAAGUAUACACAUAUGUAGCAUAAAAUGCGUUCAGAAACUUGAUUUAUUAUUGGACUGUACUCUUCGCAUGGACUGGGAAGUUCUUUUAAAUCAUUAAAUAUUAAGACGACCAUCUCUUCUAUUAAAUUACAGUACAUGUUCUAGACCAUUCAGAUCAAGCCUUUACUCCCUUUGAGAGUUUUCAACAUCAAUUGAUUGAGCUUCAGGCUUUACAACGUUUAUCCCUGUAGAGAUCAUCUUUACAGUUCCUCGGGAAAAUGUGAAUGUGCUGAGUUUUGUUUUCAAUACUGUAUGAAAACAGGAAAAAAUAAAACAAAAUUUAGAAAAUACAGCUCAUUAAAAUAAAAAUUGUUGGAUUUCAUUUCCCCA